AUAAGUGUCUGACAUAUUUAUUUACUCGUUUAUAGUGUAAAACUUAAGUUUUUAAUAAUCAAAAUGUCUGAUGUCGAAGUUGAAGUUCCUUCUACGUUUAAGAAAAGAAAUCUCAAAAACAGAGGCGGUAGGAAACGUAAAACAUCUAGUUCUGAAGAGAAAAACAGUUCAGACUCGGAUGAGCAGACCGUUGUGCUGCCUACGAAGCGUCCACAGAAGAGUAAUCCAAACAUACAGAGUACUGGAGGUGCCAAGAAGUCUAAGCCAGAGAUAGCUGAUGAUGCAAGUGAUAACAGUGAUGAAGAUAAGGCUAGUUAUCGUAGGCCCAGUUCUCCACAGAAUGGGGGUGGCAUCCUCUAUUCUCAACCUAACAACGCACAAGAGGCUGGCAACGCACUUGUAUUAAAACAGCGGACAACACUAUCGGUACAACAGCAGCGGGAAAAUGCGACGGCAACUUAUGAACUGGAUACUGAACAUGACCGGGAUGCCCAGGCUAUCUUCGAGAAGGCGCAGAAAAUUAAUGAAGAACUCCAGGGACAGGCCGAUGAUAAGGUUUACCGUGGUAUGAACAAUUACGCUCAAUAUUACAAGAAGCGUGAUACAGCGGCCGGCAACGCGAGCUCAGGGCUUGUGAGAAAAGGGCCCAUCAGAGCCCCUGCUAAUCUAAGAGCUACUGUCAGAUGGGACUACCAACCGGAUAUUUGUAAAGAUUACAAGGAGACCGGCUUCUGUGGUUUUGGAGACUCCUGCAAGUUCCUCCACGACCGAUCAGACUAUAAACAUGGAUGGCAGUUGGAACGGGAGGAGACGGAGGGCGGAGGGCCGGCUGGAGACUCCGAUUAUGAAGUGGACAGUGAUGAUGAACUGCCUUUUCGAUGCUUCAUAUGUAGGAACAGCUUCACUGAUCCUGUUGUCACUAAAUGUAAACACUAUUUCUGUGAAAAAUGUGCCCUAGAAAACUACAAGAAGACAACUCGGUGUUUCAUAUGCAAUGCGCAAACUAGUGGCGUCUUCAACCCAGCUAAGGAGUUGGAGGCUAAGCUGACAAGGAAACAGAGUGAUGAUGAAGAUAAUGAUGAUGAUGAUGACGAUGAUGAUGAUGAUUGAUCAAUAAAGAUGAUUAAAAUAAUAUUGUGUUUAUUUUUCUGUACCUAGUUGCUUCUAUGACAGUAAAAUAG